UUAUAAAAGACCAACGAAAGUUUAAUCGCUGCAUUUAAUAGCAAAAAAUAAACUAAAUUUAUGAAAUUCCGCCGACUGUGCAAAGCUGCGAACGUUUAUUUUGUUGCUGUUGGAGUGUGCUUAAAAGGCGAACACAAGAAACAUGUCACGUCACAGAAUUGUUCGAAGGAUGGACUACGACGACGAGUACGACGGAUAUGAUGAUGUUUACGGUCACUCCGUGGACGACGACAGCUGUAUAUCGCCCACAGAUGCCCAGCAAUGGCUAUACGAUAGGGCCAGAGGACAUCAGUCGAUGUCAUCGUUUAUGCGCGACAACAAAGACAUAGCCGAAGAGGAGGAAGACGAGGAUGCUGAAGAUGAAAAAUCAUACGAAAAGUCUAGAAGAGAUUCGGACAAUUUUCAAAUGCCUUCAUUGAACGAUUUGGAGAAAGCUCAACUGACAUCGUGCAUAGACGAGGUGAGAAGUGUUGUGGGCGACACCAUAUCGGAGAAGCGUAUUGUGGAGACAUCGAUAAAAUUCGCCUAUGAUAUAAAUAAAAUAUUGGAUGAAAUUCUAAACGAUGAGACCGAGAAUAAGGCCAAACGUUUGCAACAGGAGUUGACAUCUAAUGUUGUUGGCAAAGCCCCGCCAGCCCCAAAUAUCCUACUAAGUGAAUUGGUGGAUAAAAAAUUGACACCUGCACCAGUGACACCAGUCGUAAAGGUAACAGCUGCACAAAGUGAAGUAAAACGAGGCUUUGAGGUAAGCUCUCCGGCAUUGCCGAGCUCACCAGCUAUGUCUGGGCGCAAUACCCCUGUCGACUUCACAGACGAUUCCAAUAAAAAGACUGCAAGCGGUGUUGUGGAUGCCAAUUUGUUUAAAGUUUCCAAAGAACAAUCGCAACGUGAUGCCAAACAGCUAUAUGUCAAGGAGCGUUCAGAUCAAAAACAUAAUUUCCACAUGAUAGUCAUUGGUCAUGUCGAUGCUGGCAAAAGUACGCUAAUGGGUCAUUUGUUAUAUGACACCGGCAAUGUUUCACAACGAGUUAUGCACAAACAUGAACAAGAGUCAAAGAAAUUGGGUAAACAAAGUUUUAUGUAUGCCUGGGUGUUGGAUGAGACUGGCGAGGAAAGAGCUAGAGGUAUCACAAUGGAUGUUGGACAUUUCCGUUUCGAAACCGAAACUAAAAUUAUAACACUUCUUGAUGCCCCCGGUCAUAAAGAUUUUAUACCCAACAUGAUAUCUGGUGCUACACAAGCCGAUGUGGCAUUAUUGGUUAUUGAUGCCACACGUGGAGAAUUUGAAUCUGGUUUUGAUUUGGGUGGCCAAACGAGGGAACAUGCCAUUUUGGUACGUUCCCUGGGUGUCAAUCAACUGGGUGUUGUUAUAAAUAAACUCGACACUGUGGACUGGUCUAAGGAGCGGUUCGAUGAAAUCGUUCAAAAACUUAAAGUUUUUCUCAAGCAAGCUGGCUACAAAGAAUCUGAUGUUACUUACACUCCAUGUUCGGGUCUAACUGGAGAGAAUCUCGCCAAACCCGCAACUGAGCCUGCUCUCAAGGCCUGGUAUAAAGGACCACAUCUAUUGGCCGUAAUAGACAAUUUCAAAAUUCCUGAACGAUCUGUGGACAAACCGUUCCGCAUGUCCAUAUCGGAUAUCUUCAAGGGUACAUCUUCCGGAUUUUGUAUAUCGGGCCGCAUUGAAACCGGUGCCUUGUGUGUCAACGAUCGUGUAUUGGUGGGAGCACUACGAGAACAAGGUCAAGUAAAAAGUCUGCUUAUAGAUGAGAUGCCACAAAACAAUGCUUUUGCCGGUGAUCAAGUGGCAAUUACAUUGUCGGGAAUUGAUGUGAAUAAUGUUACUGUGGGUGGCAUUAUAUGUGACCCCCAGCAUCCAAUACCGGUGACGACACGUUUUCAAGCACGCAUAUUAAUUUUCAACAUAAAAGUACCGAUUACAAUUGGUUUCCCGGUGCUAUUGCAUCAUCAGUCACUCAUCGAACCGGCUGUUAUUAGUAAACUAAACGCACAGAUACACAAGGGUACUGGAGAGGUGAUUAAGAAGAAACCACGUUGUUUGGGCAACAACACAUGUGCCCUCAUUGAGCUGGAAACUACAAGGCCCAUAUGUAUAGAAUGCUAUUCGGACUUUAAGGAAUUGGGUCGUAUAAUGUUACGAGUUUCUGGUGUCACAAUUGCAGCUGGUAUGGUAACGAAAAUCCGCUGAAC